GCGUGGUCGUUCUGUGGAACCACGUCAGGAUCGUAGCUACAGGGAACCACCGAGACGCUAUCCCCCGGUUUGCUUCGAGUGCGGCGAACCGGGUCACUACAAGAACUAGUGUCCACGACUGGUGGGGGAGGCUAGCACCGGAUACACGACCACUCGAGGACGAUCAGCUUCGCCAGGACACCUGGCACGUCCUAUGGAACGACGUUCGACUUCGGAAGAACCAGCGUUACGUAAACAGAUUGAAGAUAUGGCUAUCUCCCUAGCUAGUUUGAAGGAAGUAUUUGACGCGGAGCAAGCCAACAAGGCACGCAAGGAGCAGGAACGGAUGGAGAAAGAAAGACAUAAACAAGAAGUGAAGGAGCAGCUAGCGAGAGAAGAAGAAGAACAUUUGGCUCAAGUGCAACGCGAGGAACGGCGACGCAUGAAGAAGGAAGCAGAAAAGCCGAAAGAAGCAGAGUUUCGGGAAGGACUAAGGAAAGAGUUAAGAAUGGAAGUCCGCAAGCAUGUCGGAGGCGCAUGCGAGGAACUGCAUCAACGACUAUUCGGGGACUUGACGAAGAGUAAAGGGAAGAACAAGCUACCCGUAUUUGAGGGAUCGGACGAUGACGAAGACAGUGCAGAGGAGAGUGAGCUCGAAGCGCUGAGCGAAAAGACGGGAGGUCUAAAAAUCAGUGAUAAACGUAAGCGUAGCGCGGAACGCAUCAUAGGCGACAGCCCACCGAUGGAGACCGCGGCGAAGCGCUCGACAAAACGAGGAACGCUGGUACCGAAACGUUUGGCGCUUAGCUGUCGGCAUCCAUCAAUGAAGAGAUCACAAAUCAAGAAGACUCCAGGUGAAACCAUCGCAAAGUUGAAGAAGAUACCCUCCACGGCGGGUAAUCCAGGAAAAUUUCGUUAUGUCAAAGAAAACCUAUGUGUGCUGGGUGGGAUGAAUGUUGACGAGCUGAAACAAAUUUGCCGCGACGAGGAUGUGCGUUUCGAAGGGGACAAGAAGAAGAUGGACACUAUACUAGCUAUUACGGAGAAGCGGACACAUCUGGCGUAUGGUACCGACAAGGAGGAGGAGGAGACCACUGAAGGAAGCACCAUGGGAAUCAAAGAUGAUUCCCCCAACAAGGAAAAGUUAGGCAUCAAAGCCUUCAACGGUGAGCUCAGUGGCGUUUACAUCCUGACCUCACCUACCUGCAAAGCACAGUAUGUGGGGCAAACCAAGCGGACAACUAAUACAAGGUGGAAGGAGCACUUAUCGGCUUAUGGCCAAGCACGUAAGCAGACUGACCUAUACAGGUGGUGGCAAGUUUUCGGACCCGAGUCGUAUGUGUUAGUGUCGAUCGAAGUCUGCUUUGAAUCGGAACUUCUACCGCUCGAAAAACUGUAUAUUCGCCGAUGGUCGCCUGUCCUAAACACGACCGGUAAGCAGGGUAAGGGCUCUGGGACAGGGAAACGGCGGCUCGGAAAGCGGGAACAAAGUAAGGAGAAUAGACUCGUUCACGCGAACUGGUCACCUCGGAGCUUACCGAUUGUGCCGGUCAGAGCUAGGACUAGCGAGGCAUACAACUGGAGCGUUGACGUGCAUCAGCUGUUGGAUUCACAGGAGACAGCGGAACGUCGAAGUUUCUCCUUGAUGUUGCAACGAGGGAACGUUUGGUGCGGAGGAUGGAGGAAAGUGAAGGCAGCUUUCGGAAAGACGGAGUUGACUAUUGAGGGUCUUCCCUACCCUCGUGUAAUAGACCACGUGCGCUUCCGCCUACACGAGCUGGAUGGGAUCAACCCCAUGAUCUGUCACGCUAACUACGUACCGAAAUUGGAUCACACAGAUAGGGAAGGUUUGUUAGUACAUGAGAUCUUAGCUGGUUUUGCUACGUGGGGCAAUAGAGGUGACGUAGAGGUGCGUGUCCAUAAAUGGGAAGUGUUGAAAUGCAUGCAGAGGGCCGGUAGUGAAGAGGAUAACUAUGUGGGUAAGUACCUGGACGUUAAGGAAGUGGAGACCGUGAAGGCGAAGCUGGACGGUCUUGUGCUCACGAGUCUUGAUCGGAAUGCAGGGGAGACUGUAGCCAUGUGCCCGACAUUGUAUUUCGAGGCCAUGAUGGAUACAUUUGUAUUGUCAUCAGGAUACACGAUCAUGCAGGAGAAAGAGGAGGACAUACUGCGAAGGAUGAAGGCGGAUGCGGAAGAAGUGGGUCUGAAGCAGUUCGUGCGGUGGGAUGUCAAAGGGAAGUUUGGCGAUGCAUAUGUUUUGCCAAAACAUAAAGACCUCUCAAGAUUCCGACUGGUAUGCCCCACCUUCUCAGAACCGCACGUUCGAAUUUGCCGUGUUACCGCAAAAGUGCUCAAUGACCUUCUGGCUGGUAUGCCAAGGAAGUGGCACUUCAAUCUGCGAUCAGUCUCUGAGCUAGUACCAAGACUGGAUCAAGUGAACAGAAGCAUCAGCCGGGUGAUGAAGAGCAACUCUGAGGUGGUGGCCAUGUCCUUCGAUAUCAAGGACAUGUUCAGUAAACUGUCGCACGAGGAGAUUAUCCAGGCAGUCGACUGGGUGAUUGAUCACCAUCGAAGUAAUGGUCGGGAAUGGGUUCGUGUGAACACGAGAGGGAAAGGUCGUACUUUUGGAGCGAGUACGGGUGACGACCAUUGGAGGAAGAUGGAUUUGGAGACGGUUAGGAAUUUCGUUAAGUGGGAGCUGGAACACACUUACACGAAAGCCACCGGUAUUCUGCUGCAUCAAGUCGUAGGUAUCCCCAUGGGGAAAGGGACGAGUCCGCCGCUGGCAUGUAUGUUGUGUGCUUUUGCAGAAUACAAAUUUCUGCAAAGUUUGGAAGGGUGGCAUCGUUUUGUGUUCGGUGUUCGCCUGAUGGAUGAUGUGAGUUUGAUCGUUGUGAAAGGGGGGAAAAAACAGACCCCUGUAGACAGAAUUGCGAGUAGCUUUGAGGGUUGCUACCCCAAGAAUCUAACUCUGCAAAGGACGGACGGAGGUGACAGGGUGUGAAACUUUUUGGGCACGAUCAUGUCUGUAGAUGCUUCAGACCCGUACCUGCGAUGUAC